CCAAAUCUGUUUUGGCAGGAUACGGAACUUGGAGGGGGAGGGAGCGAUGGCCAGCGAUGGCAAAGAAGAGAGAAGAAGAAGAAUCGUGGAAAGAGGGUCGGACCGGAUGGCUCUAAUCACCGGCCAAAUUCAAAGUCUCGAUUCGUCUUCAUCACAAGCAUCUUCAACAACAUCAAAUUACAGUCACCUUGCACAUGAUAAUCCAUCAUCCCCAUCAACCACGUUCUCUCAACAUGCUCAAAUUGAUGCUGGUUCUGGAGGAGCAGAUUAUGAGUCUGGUUCUAAAUUUCCGAAACGAAAGGCCAGCAAUGAAGCUUCCGAAGGGAUCGACUUUGACAUUAGAGACCAAGUAGAACAACAUUUACAGGAGCGAGUGACACCUACAGAAGCUUACAGCAAUAUGACUGAAAUACAAACGUCUAUAGUGACACCAUCAAUUCGAAAGGCAUCAGAUAAGCCCAAUUUUUUCUCUUCGAAGAGAAUAAACUCCUGCAUUAUAGCCUCCCAGAGAUCUCGUGUUAUUUGUUCUCUCAUAAUAGCUUCUCUCGUGCUUAUAUCUUACAUUGAUUAUCCACUGCUUGGAAUUAACAUAGUUAGUUCAGAGAGCAUUAUAGCCUCUAGGCCUCUUUACAUAGUCCUGCUAACUGAUGUAACAAUUGUGCUUGUCCGACUGUUUCGUGAAAGGGGAAAUCAUGGCAGUGAGGAAUCUGAGAGAGAACGAAUGGUAUCUAAGGAAGAUGGAGAUAACUGGGUGGGAGCAGUUAAGCUCUUGGAGAGAGGUUUGACUGUGUAUCAGGCCGUCCGCGGCAUCUUCAUUGACUGCAGUGUUUAUUUAGUCGUUGUUAUCUGCACCCUCUCUCUAUUGUAGUUUUGAUAGCAAGAUGAAUAUUUGUAAGCUCUUGGCUGCAUGGAGUAUGGAUCCAAUUCAGCAGAGCAAUAAUGCUUGUUGUAAAAUCCCUGAACUCAUUUGUUCAUGUCAAAUUCCAUAAACACCAUUACUUA